CAGGUGGUAGCCGCACAAGCCUCGAAGGAAGAGGAGGAAUCCUUCGGCGGACAUUAGCACCGCUGGACUGCACCUCGUGGGUGUUUCUGGUCUUUAAGACCUGCCUGAACCGGCUUCGACUGUUGGCCUUCGGGGUUGGCGUUUCGUUUCCCGGCAAAUACGAGAGCGAGAGCGACAGCGACAUCAGAAGCUCGUCCUCCCACACACAGCCCCCACCGGCGCCAGAACGUCUGUUAUGGAUUUCUGGAUCAGAUUGUUGGGCGGCUCCUCAACCAAGAAGGCUGUGUCGAGCGAUCCCCAGCAGCGUCUGGCACGCUUCAGGCAGCGCUACAAUCAGAUCCUUCAAACAUGGCAGAAGACUCAAACAUUAUCAAACGAUCGCGAGGCCGUGAGCGUCAUUCGGCGCGGAUUCCAGGCUCUCGCGGCCAUAUUGAAUGAUGAAGCCCGCUCGCCAGCGCCCCAUCUAUGCCUCAGUUUCGCGGCCGCUCAGCAGAUAUACACUGCUGUCUCCAAAAUUGCUGCCACAUCCCAUGACGAGGGCAUGGUGCGAGAUGCCGUUAACGUGUAUAGUGCCCUCAUUGACAGUGAAGAGGAAGACUUUCUCGAGAACGAUGUCUUCGCUGCGUCCCUCAUGAGCUUUGUAGGCCGAACCAUCGGCUCGGGCAGCAUUGGCGUCGGCGAGGACAUCGAGGCUGAUAUUGUCGAGCUUCUGUUCGGCAUCGCCGCAAAGAUCAGACUGCAACCAGAAAUCUUACCCAUAUGGUUUACCACUGCAGCUACGGACACCAAUGGGAAGUUUCUCAACCAGAAGACUGACUUUGCCGGGGUAACACAGAAGGAGGACUUCCCACUAUGCUACCAACUCAUUGACCAUGUGCACCAUGAGGGUAGAAUUGGAGACUUUGCACGCACUGGCUUACUUUAUAUAUUCGAGACUGCCUCCAAGUCCAUGACACUGGAGCAGUGGAUUGUUAACAGCGAUCUACCAACGCUCAUGGCAACCGGGCUUGGGGCUCUGUAUAGCCAGCUUAGCAGAAAACUCUCGACACUCCAUCUGGGAAAAGGCGAUGAGCUCCCCUUGAUACUACGGUUAUCCGACUAUGCGGAAAUGCUACCUAAUACUCGUGCGGAGAAUUUCUUCUCCGAUGACUUUCAGAGCCAUCUCGAGACCUUUCUGUCAUAUCUUCGCUUCUGGCAGGACGUUCUUAUCCACUGCACAUCAGCGGAUGUCCGACUCAGUUUAAUAGAUCAUUUCCAGAUUUUGUUCCUUCAGCAGUUAUUAUACCCUUCCCUGUUAGAAUCUUCUGAUGUAGAUGGCGGUUCGUCUGUCGCUGUUCUCACCUAUCUGAGGCGCAUACUAGACAUCCUCGAUCAUCCGGAGCUUGUACAUAUGAUUCUUAAUUACCUACUCGCCUUACCGGAGACGGAUGCAGCUACUCCUCACACCCCACGGUCUCCAGCCGCCAUCAAGAGACGGCAAUCAUUAAUGAUGCUCAAUACAGCGGAAAAGGAGGACGACCGCAUGAAUCCGUCGCUUUUCAAUCUGGUGGAUCUGGUCUUGAGUAGCACUGAUUCGAGAGAUCCACAAACAGUUCUCGCGGCAUUGAAACUGGCUACCGUCAUUCUCGGCAAGCAUCACAGUUAUGGUGUCGGCUCGUUGGUCAAGACGAUGCAUGUGCAUCAGAAAGAACCCCAUCGGACUAUCGGAGCCCUAAAUGAGGAGCUCGAGGUUUACAUGAACCUGGCAAUUGAACUCGCUGGCGAAACUGGCGUUGACGAAGCGUACGAUAGCCAUCUCAAAGACAAGUUGAGUAUGUUAGAGAGCCAUCCUUGCUCGCUGAAAGCGUUGACCCCACCGACAAUGCCAGGGCAAGGUCUGGGGUAUUUCGAUCUGGAUAGCGGCACGCGGAAUGUCGAACCGCACUAUUUGAUACCCGAAGAUCCGCUUUUCAAGUCCUUGCAAGAUCUUCUACUGAGGUUUCUGACGAAUGAUGUGGAGAUUAAUUUGGCUCUCACGGAAGCCAUCGUCACUCUUGGAACAUGCUCUCAGCUCCGGCUUGAAGGCUGGCUAUCGGUGGACCCUACUUCCUACCACUUUCCGAAUGCAGACGUGGACGCUGGGCAGUCCGCUGCUGGGGAUCUAGUGGAGUUAGAGAAAGCAAGUAGGCGACCGGACUGGGAUUCUUCUGCAAUACCACCUCUGUUAGCCUGCUUACAGUCUCUCCAAGCUCAAGUGGAAGCACUGCGCGGGGAUAUACAAGGCUGGGACGAGCUCGUUGCGGGCCGAAAGCACGUCUUCCGAACAUACGAUGAGUUGAAUGAUAUGGCCAAAUCUUCAGCCUCCCAGGUUGGAGCGCCACGGCCCACCGACUCCCCUGCAGGUAGUUGGACGCCCCAGAUACCCAAGCAUGUUUUGGAAAGCUCUGCGUCGGCUCCAGCAGGCUCACCGCGUGGAAGAAAGGAGGGCAUGGCUGCUCGAUCUACUUCUUCUGUGUCCUCAGCCCCGGUGAAAGGCGGUCAAAAUAGUGCAGGAUCAUCUUCACGUGCCAUGUCCCCACUUCCAGCAGCACAUCAAGUGCAUCCCCGAACAAAUCUCAUGACAGAUGUCCUUGGGAACCUCGCCGAUGUCAACAAUAAUCCGAACCUAAAGAGGAGGAUACGCUUCCGACGGCCCGCACGAUCACAGACCGUGGAGGUCAUGCUUUCCAAAUAUCAGCCUCCCCCGAAAGAACCGGCUGACGAUGCUACGGCCGAUGGAGAAGAUGUGGAUAUGGAUGAUAUUCGGGAAGCGAGUGUGGGACAUAUCAUUACUAAUGUGGUCAUUCUACAGGAGUUCGUGCUGGAGCUUGUCGCCCUCAUGCAGGUCCGAGCCAGUCUGUUUCACGAAGUCCGGUUUGCGUAAAGCAUGUAUCCAGACUCCAGUGCACGGUACGUAGGCAACCAAUACAGCUUUGUACCACCG